AGCAUCAGCAACAGCCGAUACAUGUGAAGUGUUGAGGCCGGGAUGAUAGUUCAACUAUCAUUGAUUCUGGUGGCUUCUCUGUUCAAUGCUAUAAGAAGUUGCAGUAACGGCACGAUAGCGAAUGGUAGGUUGGCAAACUACAAGGUAGACAGUGAAGAGGGAGACAGCGCCUCGUUGGUCUGCAGUGAUGGGUAUACCACGUACAACUCACAUCUUGUAUGUGGUGAGGAUAACACUUGGCUCCCCACUCCUAUCUGCCACAAAGUGUUCGUCAGAUUUAACAAGACCUCUAUGAUAAAGUAUGUGUAUCCUACCCCUUACGAUUCAGUAGACAGCUCCGUUUCCUUCUCCUUCUCUACUCCUCCCCUUCAAAGUACGGGUGUGCUGGUACGACUAACCAGUAAGAAGCUCUCAGAUGGAUCACGUGACACUCUCACAGUUGAGUUAGUCGGCGGGUUCCUCGCAACUACCAUGCAACUCUCCAGUAUAGGACAGCGAAUCAUAGGUUUCUGUCAUGAUGACAUGUUGUUGAACGAUAACAUGCAGCAUAAAGUGGUGCUCAAAAGAAACCCAGACUCUCUCUCCAUGACCAUCGAUAAUCGCUCCAUUCAAUGUUCGUAUCCCUCCGGAAGCAAGUUAGAGUUCACCUUCACAGCUCUAAGAUCUAUACAAAUUGGACACCUCCAGCCUACCUGGGGAGAGGCGUACGGUUUUACUGGGUGUAUGACUGACUUGUUCGUGGACGGUCUCUCACCUCUUAUCCUUGCUGAUCUCGCGGAAAAUACAAAAAUUGAAGACCAAGUAUCAGUGCAAGACGUUGAUUUUGUGGAGACUUGUGGUGAGAAAUAUAAUGUUCCUACUACACAGCCACCUCAACAACCGACAAACUCUCCACCUUUCGACACAAAUCCUAUCACUGGAGCAGUCGAGGAUAAAGAAAAAGAUGACGAUUCCGGAAAAGAUAAGAUGACCCUAAUCGUCAUAUUAGUGACUAUCGUUAUCCUUAUUUUAUUAGUUCUCUUAAUUGGGAUUGUUUGUAAAAAAUAUUAUAAUAACAAAGGGACUUACAAAGUGGACGAGAGCCGGCUAAGGGCGGAUCAGGAGAACCCUGAGCAAGAGUAUUUUAUUUAGUUCUAGACGGCCGAUCCUUCGUUCACCCUAAAAGUAUAUGGACGUAUAAUUCAUCAUUGUUUGUUUUAUGCUGUAUCUGUUUUGCAAUGUUUUAACAGAAUUUGUAAGUCAUGGAUAUCGUGAUGUUACCGUCGCCUUCAAAAGAAAAUCAGAUCAAAUUCUGAAAUUCUGUCAGGGUAAAUGUUUCGCUUGUCUUGCUGUAACUGUCAUAUUAUGCUGAAAGAAAAGAACUAAAGAUUUUUC